AUGACAUCUACUGGGGAUGUGAUAAUCCACCUUCAGGAUAUCAGCCAUCCGGACAGACUAGCUCAGAAGGACAAUGUCCAAAAAACACUGAAGAAGAUGUUGACCGACACUCAGUACAAGAAAAUCAUCAAUGUUGGAAAUAAAACGGAUCUUGUCAAAGGUGAGGUGUGUGACCUUGAUUGUAUGAGCAUAUCGUCUGUGAAGGGCCACGGUCUACAUGAACUACAGCUGUCUAUACAGAAAGAACUGCUUGCAAACAAAGCUCUCCUGGAGAAAAGAAUCAGCAUCCCUGCCAAUGGGGAGCAUCUCAAUUGGUUGUACAGCCAUGCCACGGUCCAGGCCGUGGACGGAGCGGUCAAGCCUAACCAUUUAAUGGUGGACAUAGUCAUCUCACAUGGACUCUAUGCCAAGUUCAUGGCCAAGUUUGGAAAACCAGUUACAAAGAAAGUUAAGAUAUGAUAUAAAAAAAUUGGAUUCCUAAUUAUCAAAUAAGAACUUGUUCACCUGUGAGAUUUAUCUAACUUAUCUCCAUGGAAGGUGAUCAGUACACAGGUAUACAGGCAGUUUGGUUUGAUACUGUACUGUACGUCAGUAGCUGUGUUUGAUCAACACAGCAUAAAGGUUUCAGGAAUCAAAUUUAUUUUUGAUAUUCAAACAACCGUUGUCUUUCCUAUGUGUUUAUCAUGAAUAAAAGAAAAUAAUUUUAAGCAA